UCCAACUUUGAAAGGAAGUUACCACCUCUUCCCCAUACUCACACGCUCAGGCAGACACACACACACACACACUCAUACACACACACACACGCUCUUCAGGACUUGACCACAGCAGUAACAGAGAAUCAACAGUCAGAGCUGCUUAUAAUGCUGUGUUUCUUUUUAAAAGUGGAGGGAAAAAAGGCCAGGAUUUCCAUUUUAGCCUGAAACUCUGUGUGUGUGGACUGAACAGCUCUUUGUCGUCAUACGCCGGAUCCUUUCAUUAUACCCUGUGUGGAUUUAAGACAGCACAGUUCAACUACUGAAAACUAAGGGGCUGUCUCUAGUCUCCUGCUCGACCGUGUAUCCUGCAACAGGGUGGCCAAAUGAACUGUUUAGCCUGAGGACCAAAGAUCACAGGCCCUGAUCCAGCAGCACUGGGGGAAACAGAGAGAAGUACUAUCAUUUUGUAUCCAUUCUCCAACUGCUCAUUACACCAUGAGCUGGGACUGAGGACUUCAGAGUUUCAUUUUGUGGUGUCGGAGGCAAACCAAACACAGUCACUAUGGAUGUGAAGAAGAAAGAAAUGGACCUUCUGAGCAACACCAUAGCUGCUUAUGCACACAUCAAGGCAAAUCCAGAGAGCUUCGGUCUUUACUUUGUGCUCGGAGUGUGUUUCGGACUGGUGCUGACCCUCUGCCUUCUGGUGAUCCGCAUCUCCUGUAAACCGCGGACCAACAUUGCCCCUUCUACGCCUGAGAAAAAACAGUUAAAAGACAUAAGCGAGGAUGAUGAGGAGAGUGAGGAUGAGGAGGAUGAAGACGAAGGGGACGAUGUAGAGGCACCAAUUACACUGCCCACCACAGAAAUACCUGUUGGUAAUCACACCAGCCAAUCAGACGGGACGCUGAGCGUUAACGUCUUUACUUCGGCCGAGGAGCUGGAACGGGCCCAACGAUUGGAGGAGAGGGAACGAAUCAUACGUGAGAUCUGGAGGAACGGCCAGCCUGAUAUCCUGGGCUCAGGAACAGGGACUAUUGGACGAGUGCACUACUACUAAAACAUUCACGAGGCUACAGAGGAGGCACUGCGAGCCCAGAGAAGGAGAUACACAGACUUUUGGAUGGGUCCAGUGUCCCUGUAAGACUAAAAACUAAAGGACCUGUGGUAGAAAAAAUGCAAUACCAUUAAAAAAAAGGGCAACAUUGACUUUGUCGCAUUGAUCUAUCUAGCUCUGACAGAGCAAAACUACGUGAUAUUGCACUUCUGAUGUUAAAAAAAAAAAUGUUUUCAUGGAAUUAAGCCAAGAGUUAUUAAUCACAAAGGAGAAAUGCAGUGUGAAUGUGAGUGCUGAAGGACACUUGAAGUAAAUGGUUAAUUAAAAUGUAUGUAGCUUGACAAAAAUGCACACGAAAUAAUAUUUUGUAUGUAAUAAGUAAAAUAACAGCAUAAAUCAGGAUCGUGUCUGUGU